GGUAUAAAAGCACAAAGCGGGCGAUGCGUCUCAACGAAGUCGAGGAGAAAAACGAAGAAGCGGUGAACCAGAGUCUCCGUGGGACGCCUGCAAGCAACAGAAAUGAACGCCAGUCCACCAGCAGGAAGUGCCCUGUCCCCCGGCGGAGCCGCGGGCCCCACCACUCCCAAGAAGGGCCCACCCAAGUUCAAGCAGAGGCAGACUCGCACGUUCAAGAGCAAGGCUCCCAAACCAGGCCAGAAGGGCUUCGGCGACGACAUCCCAGGCAUGGAGGGCCUCGGCACCGACAUCACAGUGGUGUGCCCAUGGGAGGCCUUCGGCGACAUGGAGCUCAGCGACUUGGCCAAAUACGGCAUCAUCUAAGCCUCCUGCCUUCCUGCCCCUCUGCCCCGUCCGCCUCUCUCCACCCGGCCGCCUCUCCGCCUCGGCUCGGCAGGCCGCCAUAAGGCCGCCGGCCAACCCCCCUAACGCCCUCUCGUCUGACUACCUCAUACUUUAUUCCACUAAGUGGAUUUUAUUAUUUUUAUAUCAUUAUUAAUAUAUGAUACUGUUUACAGUAUAUGUACUUGAAAUGAGAAGACGAGAAAACCCCCCCAAGAACCUUUUCCCGUCCCAAAAGCCACAUAGAGCAGUUUAAAUCUCCCGCCUCUCUUCUCUCCUCCUUCGGCCUCCCCGCCCCUCCACACCCACGGCAACGGAUGCAAGCCAAACGCGAGCUCGACACUAGCCCGUAUUUAAUGCUUCUAGCUCUGUGUUAAAAUGUAAAUAACGUCUGCUCGGAGUGAACCUUUGUACCUUCCUUUUGUACUUUCCUCCUCUUUCCCGUGGCGUGGCGUGCGAGUGCGUGCGUGUUCGCUUUGCUCCAACUGACCGAGGUUACCUUCAGCACCAAGGAGAGCGUGCAACAUGCUGGAAGGGCCGACGCCACAGCGCACUUGGAGAAUUAACUCCACCUCCCUUUCUUCCUGCCGCUGUCUGAACCCAGCUCCCUCUCAGAGAAAAUAAAGACAGAAUGUGCGUGUUUUGGGGGUUUUUUUCCCCUGUGUUCAGAAAAUGUACUGUGAACUGGUUGUGUACUGAUAGCUGCCAGUAAAGUGUAUAUUUUCAG